AUGGUCUCUUGUAGGUCUUACGAAGAAAACUACAGUAUUCCGAUUGUUCAAGCGAUGAAUUUCUUGGAAGAUGAAAAAUGGGUUGAUUGCCUUCGGCUCUGUGGCAAACUCAUUUUCUUUAUCUAGUAAGUGUUGCAAACGCGGUAUUGCGUUUGGUGUUUGCAUUAUAUUAACCUUGUUUACGUCGGGUUUAAGUUUAUUUCUUUCAGUUUUAUACACGCGCAAUCUAAUUCGUUCAAAAUGACCCUUGUCCUUCAACUAAGCGACGAUUGGAAAAAGGACUUAAAACUGCCUCCAAGAGAUAUGCGAAUCAGAACAGCCGAUGUAACUGCUACACAGGGAAUCGAGUUCGAGCAGUUUGGUCUCUCUCGCGAUCUGCUGAAGGGAAUCUUCGAAAAAGGAUGGGACAAGCCUUCUCCGAUUCAAGAGAGCACCAUCAAAGCUGCUAUGUCCGGUAAGAAUGAAUUUCCGUAUUUUAAGGUAAUCUAUGUUAUUUUAAUCCUAUUUGAACUCAUUUCAGGUCAGGAUAUUUUGGCCCGUGCGAAAAACGGGACCGGAAAGACUGGAGCUUAUUGUAUUCCUGUGAUUGAGAAGAUCAACCCGGGAUUGAACGCCAUUCAAGCUCUUAUUGUUGUCCCUACCAGGGAAUUGGCUCUUCAGACCUCUCAAAUUUGUGUUGAGCUUAGCAAGCAUCUGAAGUUGAAGGUGAGUUUCCUUUCUGGUUGUCUGAAUUUUUUUCAGAUUAUGGUGACUACUGGUGGAACCGAUCUCCGUGACGAUCUUCUUCGUCUAAACGGUGUCGUUCACCUUAUUAUUGCGACCCCCGGAAGAAUCCUUGACUUGAUGGAUAAGGGUGUUGCCAAAAUGAACGAGUGCAAAACUUUGGUCUUGGAUGAGGCAGACAAGUUGCUGUCGCAAGAUUUCCAGGUAACGAUUGCUGUCGAUUAUGGCUUCAUAGCUGUUUUUAGGCCAUGUUGGAUCGUUUGGUCUCGCAUCUUCCUGGAGACAGACAGAUUAUGAUGUUCUCUGCAACUUUCCCGCGCACAGUCGCCACUUUCAUGCAGAACCAUAUGAGAAAGGCGUUUGAAGUGAACUUGAUGGACGAAUUGACCCUGCUGGGAGUCAGUCAAUUCUACGCGUGUGUUCAAGAGAAGCAAAAGGUUAGUGUAACUACCUGAAAUUUAGACGUUUAUAGGUCCAUUGUUUGAACACACUGUUCCGGAAGCUCCAGAUCAACCAGUCUAUCAUCUUCUGCAACUCUACCCAAAGAGUCGAACUUUUGGCCAAGAAGAUCACUGAACUCGGUUACUCGUGCUUUUAUAUCCAUUCUAAAAUGGCGCAACAUCACAGGAACCGUGUUUUCCAUGACUUCCGUCAAGGAAAUUGUCGCAAUUUGGUUUGUUCCGAUCUCCUUACUCGUGGUAUCGAUAUCCAAGCGGUCAAUGUUGUGAUCAACUUUGACUUUCCAAGAAAUGCCGAAACCUACUUGCAUAGAAUUGGAAGGUAAAAUAAUGGUUACGUUCUAUUGGUUUUUCAGAUCUGGUCGCUUUGGUCACCUUGGUAUUGCUGUCAAUCUUGUCACUUACGAGGAUCGAUUCAACAUGGGUCGCAUCGAAAGGGAACUGAAGACUCGCAUUGAUCCUAUUCCCAAGGACGUUGAUCCAAAACUUUAUGUCGCUGAGUUCCAACAGGAGAAAGAAAGAGGUCAAGAUGAUUCGGUUGUGUCUUCAUCCGUCGGUUCAGCGAAUACUUCGUGCUGA